AUGUACGAGUUCCAACGUCCUGCCAACUUUCCCGCCAUCCGAUAUACCAUCGUCCGUCGAAUUAAUGAACAAAGGAAAAAGCAAAAGGACACUGAACGCUACCUCUCCUCUACCACAUCUUGCCCUACCAACGGCCUUCCAUCACCUCCAGUAGACCACGACGACAUGUUCAAGCAAGAAGAUACUACCACCACUACCACUACCACUCCUACUACUACUACUACUACUACUCUUGCAACCUCGACUCUUGUUGAACUAUCAGGCACUCCCUCAUCCGGUAAUAGCUGUGCAAGCUCACCGCGAGAAUCCCACCAUGUCAUGGAUGAGAAAGCGAUCCGAGACAAGAUUCAGGAGCUACAAAACGAAAAACAUGAGCUCUUUCAACUCAUGAAGAACCUGCUAUCAAAGCAACAACAACAGCAGCAACAACAAGAGAUCCAACAACAACAACAACAGCAAAUCAAGAUGGUGGAAGAUCACCCACCUCCUCCACCUCCACCAACAUCAUCAUCAUCACAUUCAUCAUCAUCAUUAUCCAUAUCAUCAUCAAGAGUAGCACCACCACCACCUGUUGUGAGCACAAGUAGUACUAGCAGCAGCAGAAGCUCAAGUUCUGAAAGGUCACCAUCACCACAGACACCACCAGUUCAAGAGCAAUCAUCACAGCGGAUGCCUCCUUUAACAUCCUUGUCAUCAUCAUCAUCAUCUUCUUCUUCUCAGCAUAUGCGUUCAUCAUCUUUGGACCAUCAUCGAUCUUUUCCACCUCAUCCACACCCACCACCAAGAUACAUGCCUUAUCAUCGAAGAGCUCCCCCGUUGGCACCUCCUCGCUAUUACAGCAGUAGAUAUGGUGGUACCAGUGGUGGUGGUGGUGGUAGACCCAUGAAUGGUUUUUCAUCGCCUUCUUAUCCUCCUCGACGCGGUCCAAUGCCGUAUAAUCCUUCAAGGGCACCUUCUCCAGCCCUGAGAGCAACAUCCUAUCGUCCUUCAAGGUCGCUUUCCGACAGACAUAUUCCAAGAUAUUGA